UCAAAGGGGAGAGAGAAAGAAACUUAGGCACUAAUCAGUGAUCACUCACCUACAACCAGAACCUCCCCUCUCACCGAUAUGUUGUCGUCGGAGGAAGGCGGCGAUUACGACCACCGCCGAGGCACGAGAAAGAGAGAGCCCAAAGACCAAACCUUAGCACCACCGCGUAAAAACAACGCAGCAGCUCUGGUUUCAGUUCCACUACCCUUCUUCCCUGAUGAACUGGUUGAAGAAAUUCUGUCAAGGCUCUCUGUGAGGUCUCUGCUUCAAUUCAGGUGCGUAUGCAAGUCUUGGAUGUCUCUGAUUUCUGAUCCUUACCUGGUGAAAAAACACCUUCACUUGUCAACUCAAAGCACCAACUUCACACACCAUAGGAUCAUAUUAAGUACCACAACCGCUGAGUUUCACCUCAAGUCUUGCUCUGUGAGCUCUUUGUUUAACAACCCAUCAACCAUUUGUGAGGACCUUAACUACCCAGUGAAGAACAAGUUCCGCCAUGAUGGAAUUGUUGGUUCUUGUAAUGGGUUGCUCUGUUUUGCCAUUAAAGGAGACUGUGUGCUUCUCUGGAACCCAUCUAUUAGAGUCUCCAAGAAAUCCCCACCUUUGGGUAAUAAUUGGAGGCCCGGGUGUUAUACUGAUUUUGGGCUUGGUUAUGAUGAAAAGAGUGAUGAUUACAAGGUGGUGGCUGUGUUUUGUGACCCUAACGUAUUUUUAAGUGAAACUAAAGUGAAGGUCUAUAGUAUGGCCACCAAUUCUUGGAGAAAGAUUCAGGAUUUCCCUCAUGGUGUCACACCUUACCAAAGUUCCGGGAAAUUCUUGAGUGGCACUCUCAAUUGGGCGGCAAAUUAUUCUGUUGGUUCAAGUUCUUUAUGGAUAAUUGUUUCUUUCGAUCUUCACAAGGAAACAUACCAGGAAUUUCUGCCACCUGAUUAUGAAAAGGAAGACUGUUCCACCCCUACUUUGGGUGUUUUAAUGGGAUGCCUGUGCAUGAAUUAUGAUUACAAAAGAACUCACUUUGUUGUGUGGCUAAUGAAGGAGUACGGAGUAAGAGAGUCCUGGGUAAAAUUGGUAACCAUUCCCUAUUUGUCUAAUCCUGAAGAUUUUUCAUAUUCAGGGCCGUAUUGCAUUUCAGAGAAUGGUCAAGUCCUGUUAAUGUUUGAGUUUGACUUAAUUUUGUAUGACCCAAGAGACCACUCUUUUAAGUAUCCUAAAAUUCAGAGUGGGAAGGGUUGGUUUGAUGCAGAGGUCUACGCUGAAACCCUAGUGUCACCAAGGAAGCAUUAAGAUUGAAGGGCUGCGUCAAGGCAAUAGUUUUUUAAAUCCUUACUGAUUCCAUCUAUAUUGAUGUAAUUUUGACAAUAGAUGAGUUGAUAUAUGGUGUAACUGAAAGCCAUAGCAGUGUAUAUAUGUUAUGUGUAAUAUAUGCAUAACUAAGAGGCAAAGCUGUGUGCAGAUGUUAAUAUUUAUGGAACUCGACUGCCUGUGGUUGUUGGCUUAUGUAUCUACUAAUGAUAAGAGAAAAUUUACAGCCUCAACUCUAUUUAUU